AUGUCGUAUAAUCUGAACGAGCGAACUUCAGAUUUCGACUAUCUUUCGAAUCCAAGUUCCAACGCCCGGAGCAGCGCUCCAGUACAAGCCAUCUAUGUAAAACCUGAAGCUAUAACAAACAUAUUCCACAAUGUUUCCAAUCCCGAGCCCAAAGCCGCUGUCAGAGGAGAAAAACCAUUUACAGUCACUGAUAAUUCCCUACCUCAGAAAAAAAUUCAAAUUUUACAAAAUAUUUGUAUUAAACCUCCCGAAAAACAUUUAACUACUAAUGUUGAGAAAGGUAAAACUAGAGUUUCCUAUUACUCUACGAAACCCUCUGAGGACGAGGAAGAAAUAAUUCAACCAUUAGUAAACAAAUCCCAUAAAUAUAAUGCUUCCAAACUAAAGGAUGGUUCUAUACAAGACUUUUCGGAAUCACGACCUUCUACUUCAAGAGGAAUAUCAACCUCAGCUUUUCCUGUGAACACGAGGAAAAGAUCAUUUUCAGAUGAUUCUGAUGAUUCUGACAAUGAUGUGGCCGAAAUAAUAACCGUAAAAGCUAUAGUGCAUAAUACAACCUAUGACAAAAACAACGACGGCCACGAGAAAAUGCCUGUUAACGUUAAUUUAAAUCAAUCAACUCGGGCCGCUGAAACGCAAUCAGAAGUUUGGGAUUUAAUUCAAGUUGACAAUAUAGAAAUAUUGAACGAGGACGAUAGCGAAAUGCUUCCUGCGUUCACACAUUCUCAGAUGGAAGCUAUUGAGGCAACACUUGCCAACAUCGAACAAAAUGUUCCUGAAAAUGCUGGUCAGCCCAAUCGUGCAACAACUAGGGAGGAAAUUCAGCUGGAAAUAAACAGACUACGGAACGUAGGUAACCACAUACCUACAUACCUCAUGGCGAGCGAACGUGUCUUAAGACGUGGAGUUUCGUACUUGGGUCCUCUCAAUAGGGUGUGCGAAUACUGUUAUGCUCUCUAUUUUCCAGCAGAAAUGACAGUGCGUAACUAUUAUUCAAAAUGUUGUCAAAAAGGUAAUAUCGUUUUAGAUCCUUUACCAACUCUACCCAAUUUACUUAAACAGCUUUUCCAAGGUACCCAUCCUCUAUCCAAUCAUUUUAAAAGGUUUGUACUUUUAUAUAACUAUGCCUUUCAAUUUGUGUCCUUGGAAGCUAAUUUAAGAGAUUUACCCUUAGGUCGAGCACCGCCAGUGUAUGUUAUUCAAGGUAAAGUGUACCAUCAUAUAUCCGGUGUAAAUGUUAACCAGCCGGUACAACGCUUUGGACCUAUCUACUUUCUUGACCCAGAAGUAGCCGUAAAUCAAAGAUAUGAUAAUAAUAACGGUAUUUUAAACAGAGAAUUAAUUGUUCAAUUAGAGCGAUUGCUUAGAGAUAUUAAUCCCUACGCAAGAGCUUAUAUGCACUUAUGUAACCGUUAUAAUUUUGAGUUGCAGACUAUCGAUAGACUUCGAGCAGAGGCGAUUAGAAAUAAUAUAGAGCCGCUGCCUCUGGAAAUGCCCACAGUCACUCUAGAACUAUUAAGUGUUCACGGAGCUAAUAGACGUCAGUAUGACUUGCCAGUGGUGGAAGAAGUUGCCGCCAUUUACAAUAUAUUACCAGACACUCCCGCAACACCAAAUAUGCGUAUAUACGUACGUGAUCAACCGGGCAGAUUUCAAAACAUCACCGAACAAAACGAACUGCUUGAUCCCCUGGUAUUUCCCCUUUUAUUUCCUCGCGGUGAACCCGGUUGGCACAUAGGCAUCCCUUAUAGGAAUAAUGCACGCAAUGUAACUCUCUGCGAAUACUCUGCCUAUCGCUUAGCCAUCAGGGACAACGAACAACGAUUUCACUAUGGGGGCAGAUUAACUCAACAAUUUGCUGUUGCUUCCUACAUUAAAAUAGAAAAUAACCGCCUAAAAUAUAUAUUAGCCAAUCAAGAACGGCUAAGAGCGGCUGAAUAUGUAGGACUGGCAGAUUACCUUCACCGCACAAUACAAAAUAAUGACGAGGAAGACGAAGGCGCGACAUUAGGCAGGAUGAUCAUUUUGCCUUCUACUUUUGUCGGCUCUCCUCGGCACCAACAACAAUUAUUUCAGGAUGCCAUGGCAGUAGUAGGUCGCUAUGGUACGCCCAGUAUAUUCCUCACCAUGACCACAAAUACUCACUGGAGGGAAAUUAUAGACAAUAUUCCCAGAGGUCACUUAGCCAACGACCAUCCCUCUCUAAUAGACAGAGUAUUUCAGGGCAAAGUAGACGAACUCAUGGAAGACAUGCUUAAAUCCCAAGUGUUUGGUAUACCGAUAGCCAAUCUCUAUGUCAUUGAAUUCCAAAAGAGAGGGUUACCUCACUGUCAUAACUUACUGAUCCUAAGAAAUGAGGACAGAUUGACAGAUAUUUUAAAAAUAGACGCCAUGAUUAGUGCAGAAAUACCCGAUCCACAAACAGAACCUGAGCUAUUCCAAAUAGUAACUUCCUGCAUGGUGCAUGGACCAUGUGGUGAAUUAAACCCUCAGUCAGUCUGUAUGGUCAAUGGAGAAUGCUCCAAAAAAUAUCCUAAAUCAUUCUGUGAAAAAACUACGGUAUCACAAAGAGGGCAGAUUGAGUACAAAAGACCGAAUAAUGGUAGAACUAUUACGGUAAGAGCUAAUAACAGAAAUUGUGUUUUAGACAACCGUUGGAUCGUACCGUACAACCCAUACGCCCUACUAAAAUACAACUGCCAUAUCAACGUAGAGGCAUGCGCCAGCGUGCACAGUGUUAAAUAUCUAUACAAGUACUUUUUCAAAGGAGCAGACAUGGCACUCCUAAGAGUCAACAUAGAUAAUACAAACGAGUACAAUGAAGUAGAAAACUUCCUCAAUGGCAGAUAUAUGAGUCCAACGGAAGCCUGUUGGCACAUUAAUAAAUUUCCCAUGCACAAACAUUCUCAUACCGUAUAUCGACUAUGCGUACACCUACCAGAAAGGCAAAUGGUUAGAUUCCAACCAGGAUUGGAAAUACAAGCCAUGCAACGCAACGAAGUCACGCAAUUAACAGCUUGGUUUAUACUUAAUCAAAAUGAUGCCGAAGCUCGGCAAUAUCGAUAUAUAGAUAUUCCUUACCAUUAUACAUGGGAAACACGCACCAAACGUUGGAAACGUAGACAGAGAGGUGCGGAUAAAAUCGUGGUACGAAUGUACUCAGUAAGCGUAAGGAACCAAGAACUGUACUACCUACGUUUAUUAUUGUUACAUGUUCAGGGAUCACGUUCCUACGAGGACUUACGCACAGUAAACAAUGUACUUUACGGUACUUUCAGAGAAGCUUGCCAAAACCGCAACUUACUAGCCGACGACACAGAAUGGAAAAGAGCCCUAAGAGAAGCUUGCGCAAGAGAUAUGCCUCAACAACUGAGAAAUAUGUUUGCCUUCAUGCUAAUCUUUUGCGAAAUUUCGGAUACGCGAGCGCUUUGGGAAGAAUUCAAAGCCCAUUUUAUGGAAGAUUUUCAGCGCCGCGGCCUAUCCGACGAGGAAGGGCUUCAAAGAACUUUACGAUCCAUUCAAACCGUUUUACUGUUGAACGGAACAAGGCUAGCACUCUACGGUUUACCAGAACCGGAAGAGAUAAGAAUAGAAGUCGAUCCCAUUAACGUAGAAACGGAACGACUAGAAGGUCAAGAAAUGUACGACAAUCUUAACCAAGAACAAAGAAUCGUAUGCGAAGCGAUAAUGACUGCCAUUCAUGAUCCCACCGAGUCCCGUCGACUUUUCUUAGUCGAUGCUCCAGCCGGAUCAGGCAAGUCGUACCUAUUUCAAACUAUUAUCACAAAACUACGCGGUGAAGGGUUGCCCGUUCUGGUAACCUCUCCAACCGGCAUCGCCGCAUCGCUACUAAAAGGAGGUCGUACUCUCCACUCCACAUUCAAAUUACCUUUCGACAUUAAUGAAACGACAACAAGCGGCGUAACUCCACGUUCAGCGGAAGGUCGCUGCCUAGCAACGGCUCCCCUCCUAAUAAUAGACGAAAUAUCGAUGGUCACAAACCUUACAUUCAAUAUUAUCGAACGAGCCUUAAGAGAUAUCUGCAACGAUAAUAGGCCUUUCGGUAACAAAGUAGUGCUAUUAGGAGGAGACUUUAGACAAACACUGCCAGUCGUUGUCGGAGGAAAUAGAUGUACCAUUGUAAACGCCUGCAUAAAAAGCAGUCGACAUUGGCCUCAGUUUUUAAACUAUAUAUUACGUACCAACAUAAGGGCCGAAGAAAAUGAAGAGUUCUCCAGAUGGCUCCUAGACUUAGGCAAUGGGACCUUAGAGCCACUGAGACGAACACCAUAUGGUAACAUAAUACAAAUUCCCCAUGAAUGCUAUGUCAACCGAAUAGAGGACAUUAUAGAGUUUUGCUUUGACGACGUAGAUCCUACGGUAGCUACCCUGAAGGCAAUUUUAGUACCUACUAACAAUUCCAGUCAUAGCAUUAACCAAACAAUUUUAAAUAAAUUACCGGGGGAAAGUAAAACUUACUUCAACGCUGACAACGUCGAUAUCACUGACGAUCCAGCAGCCGAAGUAGCCAAUUACACAGUAGAAUUUCUAAAUUCCCUUACCCCCAACGGAAUGCCACCGCAUAAAUUAGUCCUAAAAGAAGGUGCUAUAGUAAUGCUUCUACGCAAUCUAAAUCUUAAAAAAGGACUGUGCAAUGGUACGAGACUUAUUGUGCGAGUACUAGGAGAUCAGUACCUAGAUGUAGAAAAAAUAAACAGUGUAGGCAGGCCUACUGGCGAAAGGGUAUUCAUUCCUCGAAUAGAUUUAAAGACAGCGGUUGACGUUCUACCUUUUAAACUUAAGAGACGACAAUUUCCGCUUCGUCUGGCCUACGCUAUGACUAUUCACAAAUCACAAGGGCAAACAUUCCAAAAAGUAGGGAUAUAUCUGGAUGAACCUGUCUUCUCGCACGGACAGCUGUAUGUCGCUUUCUCUAGGGUUAGAGAUCUACAAGAUAUUCAGAUAUGUAUAAAGGAAUCCUCGCAACAAGAUAUAGAUAACAAAUAUGUGGAUGAUGGUAAUAUACAUCAUGUUGAUGUAGAUGAUGAUGUACAUGAUAGUGAUACGUUGUAG